AUGGGUCCACCGCGUCGAAAAGUGCUCGCCACAGCGGAAGAAACCCUGACCCCGCCAGACGAUCUCUCGGAGAGCCAGCGGAUCGCCCGCGCCAUCAAGGCCACCGGCAACAACAUCUACCUGGUGGAAUUGCCCAGCAAAAUGCAGAUUUUGGUCGAAUUGCCUGCCCGGUUUCGGUCUACCAUUUGGAUCAAGCGUGGAUCGUAUGUCGUGGUUGAUAUACAGGCACAAGACGAGCGGGACAAUAAAAUUGGUGGGGAGAUUGUCAACAUCGUGAGGGACGAGAAGGCGUGGAGAAAGGCGCAUUUCUGGCCAAAGGAAUUUCCGAAACAGCCCGUUACUGCAGCCGAUUCAGACGUUGAAGACGAGUCUCGCGUGGGGCAGAUGCCAUCCUCGGAUGAGUCGGACGCAUGA